AUUUGUCCGGAAUAGACCCAAUCUAUCAUUAUGCUUUCCUGUUUAUCCAAUAGAAUAAUGGCAAAUCCCACUAAUAAUGAUCACUGACAACAAACACUUUGGAUCCUAGGGAAGCCGGCCAAGUCAUUAUCCUCCGGGAUUCCCCUCUCUCUCUCUCUCUCUCUCCCCUCCACAACUGCCUGUCUCGAUGGCCGAUCAUUGCGACCAGUCGUUUGGCUUCGACCAGUGGCUGACUAGCAAUUGCACGGUGGGGAAUAGAAAUACGUAUUGAUUCCCCGAUUCCACUCGUCAUAUUUCCAAGACUAGUUCGCAUUUCUUUUUCUUUCUUUUUUUAUCACCCCGAAUCAAGACAAGGAGAAUACUACGGAGUACUCUUUAUCUAUCUUAGAGCUCCAUCUUCCUCUCGAUAAAGUAAUCUCUAUAGCACAGCAAGGGCAACAGCCCCGCCCAGUAAUGGUGGCAGUGGGUUUUUAAUCAUGAACGGGCUUCUGGUUCCUCGUCAUAUGAGGAGCCCAGGGGAUGACGGGUAUCGCACCCCCACCAUCGAGGAUGCAGAGCUAGAUCUUUCGAUAUCCCAGGAUGACAAUCCAUUCUUCCAUUCAGCCAGGAUGAACGUACGCAAGGCUCAUACAUCAGCUCUAGAAUCAUUGCAUGCCCCGCAACUUCGAUUGCCAGAAGGACCCGGGGAUAAAGACGAGGCAGAUGGACUUACCUCAAUUGACCAAACGAGCCUUUCUCGCAAAGAAACUGAUUCAUCGGCCGUCAACCUCAGUUGGAAGAAACGAAUCCGCCACUUCACAUGGGCAUACUUUACUUUGACAAUGGCCACAGGUGGUAUUGCCAACGUUUUGUAUACUAUUCCAUAUAGAUUUCGAGGUCUAGAGACGAUUGGCAUCAUAGUAUUCUUGCUCAAUAUCGUUUUGUACAUCGGGAUCUGGACCCUGUUGAUUGCACGUUUCUACUAUUAUCCAUACACAUUCAAAGCAUCGUUUUUACAUCCGACCGAAUCCUUAUUUGUUCCUGCAUCCAUAGUUUCGUUUGGAACGAUUCUGAUAAAUAUCUCGCAAUAUGGGCCAGAAAGCACGGGACCGUGGCUGGAUACCGCAGUUGGCAUAUUAUUCUGGAUUGAUGCUGCCCUUGCAGUGAUCUUCUCCGCUGGCAUAUAUCUGCUCUUAUGGUCGACACAGACGUUUACUAUCGCGCAGAUGACGCCAAUUUGGAUCUUCCCGGCGUACCCAAUGUUGAUAAUCGGACCUCAUGCUGGCAUUCUGAGUGCCAAGCUUGAACCUUCUCGUGCCUUGCUUAUUAUAAUCGGUGGUACAACGAUCCAAGGCGUUGGCUUUCUAGUCUCUUUGAUGGUCUAUUCAGCCUUUAUAUAUCGUCUGAUGUCGCAGAAACUCCCCAAAGAGAAUGUCCGGCCGGGUAUGUUUGUAUCUGUUGGGCCUAGCGCUUUCACCGUUGCUGGUAUUGUGAACAUGGCCGCUGAGGCAAAAAGGGCCUUCCCGGCAGAUUUUAUGGGGAAUGGGCAUUUGGCCGCUGAUGUUAUACGGGUGGUUAUCAACUUUGCUGCUCUUUGGCUGUGGGGAUUGGCCAUCUUUUUCUUCAUCAUAGCAAGUUUUGCCCAUUGGUCAACCAUUGGGCCGGGUCGGAUGGUCUUUUCCAUGGGGUGGUUCUCAUUUGUAUUCCCAAACACUGCGCUAGUCACUGCAACCUUUGCAAUAGGCCAUGCAUUUUCAUGUAAGCCCAUACUAAUCAUUGGCUGUGCCAUGGUCAUCCCUUUGAUUCUGAUGUACUUUUUUGUGUUUUAUAUGAUGAUUCGUGCCAUUGUGUUGCAUCAUAUAAUGUGGCCACAAAAAGGAGAGGACAAGGAUGAAGGUGGGUUUGAGAUUAAUCGCAUCAAACCUGAAUCACCGGGUGAACAAACACCUGUUUAAAUGAAAAUUGAUUCAUUUCGUGCAUUAUUGGCGUUUUCAAUCUGGAGUGGUUUUGACAUGGAUGUAUGUGUAAUUAGCGAUUUGUAUAUAUGCAUAGUCUUGGACUCAAGAUGCCUAUCACGAAAAACAAAAAACGAAAACAAGACCAACAUUACAGAGACAGCCCUAAUAAGACUGUAAUAAACUGAGCUUUAUAACACGAAAUAUGGCUUUACCUGGCU